GCAAAGUUCAUAAUAAUUGAGAAACAUCGAUUUCCAUCAAAAUGGAAAAUUUAAGCAGCGACUUUCCUUGAGAAAGUAAAUCGUGUAUGUUAUUAGCGAUUCUGGUAAUCUUCCAAUCUAUCCAUAUAGCAAAAAGUUCUAGACAUUAACCCCAAACAAAAUCCACAAAGGAAUCUCUUCCUUCCCUUUUCUCUGAGCAAUCAAUUUCCUUUGUUUGUUGCAUAAUAUGCGUAAAAAUGCUUCUCAGAAGUUUUUCUAAACGCUGCUUUUGCACUGCUAUUAAUCCACGGCCAUGGCUUUUUGUGGGCUUGGGAAAUCCAGGAGAUAAAUAUAAGGGCACGAGGCACAACGUGGGCUUUGAAUUGAUUGAUGCAUUUGCUGCGUCGCAAGGGAUCCCCAUGGAAUCGGUCUUCUUCAAGGCCACUUUUGGAAAAGGUCUUGUUAAUGGGGUUCCAGUUUUCUUGGCAAAGCCUCAGACUUACAUGAAUUUGAGUGGUGAAUCUGGUGGUCCACUUGCAGCUUAUUAUAAGCUUCCUCUCAAUCGAGUGCUGGUGUUCCACGAUGACAUGGAUUUACCCUGUGGUGUACUUCGUCUCCACCCCAAGGGUAAUCAUGGGCGUCACAAUGGGUUGAAGAGUGUGAUCUAUCAUUUUCGUGGGAAUAGAGAGUUUCCUCGGUUGAGAAUUGGGAUAGGGAAGCCUCCUGGUCAAAUGGAUCCAAAGGCAUUCUUGCUUCAAAAGUUCAAUGCAACAGCUCGAGAACGGAUUGAUGCUGCAUUGCAAGAGGGCGUUGAUGCAUUGAAACAAGUUUUGUCCAAAGGUUUAACAGAAAGUGCUAGAUGCUUCAAUACAGAGCAGAAGUACAAACACUUGAGACUGCAGACUAUGCCAGUAUAAAAAACUGUACACCGAGCUACCCAUUUAGGUAGAAUACCUGCAGCUUGUCUGGUGUCUGUGACAGAAAGAGCAUUGCAAGGAGUGUAAUCGGGAGAUCGCAAUCAAAGGGUCUGGCCAUAAAAUCUGGAGUUUGUCGACCACUUCCUUCAGCGAAAGAAAUCAAAUCUAUGGUACGAGUGUUUAUAGACUUACACAAGGCAUCGGGAAGCCUAUUGGCCUUAUUUCUCCUGUAACAUGGUUGUGAUUCUCAUACUGAACAUUACUAGUGCAUAUAAAUCCAAAAUGGAUUCUUUUAUGGUUAAAUCUUAUUGCUUUUAAAAUAGCAGCAACUCCCUUUAGUUUUCUUUUACUUUCGCCAUUGUUCUUUUAGCUAAGUUUAUGCGAUUAAAAUGCUGUAUUCUUCAAGCUAGAUAACAAUCUGUAAAAAAAUGGUUCUUUUUCAAUAUGUUUUUCAUAACCUUUAUCCAGAA